ACUUUUGGAGUAGGAGGCCGUCUUGCAAGCCGAGACUUUUCAGGCUGCAGCCCAGAUAUACCGAAGUGUGUAUCGGCUACGCACAGUGUGGUGAUGCCUGGCCACCUCCAGCCUCCCGCGGGGACCCCCUGCCCAGGCGGAGUCUGAAUGCCCACCGCCACCAGCCCACGCGCGCAGUGGGCGUACACGUGGUGACCUGCCUGCGGCUGGGUUCCCGGCUCCGGCUCCUCCUCCCUCCAGCUCUCGCUCGGCUUUCUGCAGUAUCACGUGCAGCAGCGCUGGUUGCAGGAUGGCGGCGGCCGCGGCGGCGGCAGCAGCGGUGGGUGUCAGGCUCCGGGACUGCUGCAGCCGAGGCGCUGUGCUUCUGCUCUUCUUUUCCCUGUCUCCUCGGCCCCCGGCCGCCGCCGCCUGGCUGCUGGGCCUGCGGCCAGAGGACACUGCUGGAGGCCGCGUGUCCCUGGAAGGGGGCACCCUGCGCGCCGCCGAAGGCACCAGCUUCCUCCUGCGUGUCUAUUUCCAGCCAGGACCGCCGGCGACCGCCGCACCGGUGCCCUCACCGACCCUCUCCUCGGGGGAAAAUGGCACCGGCGACUGGGCUCCGCGGCUCGUGUUCAUCGAGGAGCCCCCGGGCGGUAGCAGCGUGGCCCCUAGCGCGGUCCCCACGCGCCCCCCGGGACCGCAGCGCUGCCGGGAGCAGAGCGACUGGGCAUCGGACGUGGAAGUCCUGGGGCCCUUGCGUCCCGGGGGCGUGGCAGGGUCGGCCCUGGUCCAGGUGCGAGUGCGGGAGCUGCGCAAGGGUGAGGCGGAGCGGGGCGGCGCGGGCGGUGGCGGGAAGCUCUUUUCGCUCUGCGCCUGGGAUGGGCGCGCGUGGCACCACCACGGUGCCGCCGGCGGCUUCCUGCUGCGCGUCCGCCCGCGGUUGUACGGCCCAGGCGGGGACCUGCUGCCCCCUGCGUGGCUGCGGGCGCUCGGGGCGCUCCUGCUGCUAGCCUUGUCGGCCCUGUUCAGCGGCCUGCGCCUGAGCCUGCUGUCGCUGGACCCGGUGGAGUUACGGGUGCUGCGGAACAGCGGCUCGGCCGCCGAGCAGGAGCAGGCGCGCCGCGUGCAGGCCGUUCGCGGCAGGGGGACCCAUCUGCUCUGCACGCUGCUCCUGGGCCAAGCCGGAGCCAACGCGGCCCUGGCUGGCUGGCUGUACGCCUCGCUGCCGCCGGGCGUCGGGGGCACCGGGGAAGACUACAGCGAAGAGGGGAUCCACUUCCCUUGGCUGCCGGCGCUCGUGUGCACCGGCGCGGUAUUCCUGGGCGCCGAAAUCUGCCCCUACUCAGUGUGUUCGCGGCAUGGGCUGGCCAUCGCCUCGCACAGCGUGUGCCUGACCCGGCUUCUGAUGGCAGCCGCCUUUCCCGUGUGCUACCCGCUGGGCCGCCUGCUGGACUGGGCGCUGCGCCAGGAGAUAAGCACCUUCUACACGCGGGAGAAGCUGCUGGAGACGUUGCGGGCCGCAGACCCCUACAGCGACCUGGUGAAGGAGGAGCUCAACAUCAUACAGGGUGCCCUGGAGCUGCGCACCAAAGUGGUGGAGGAGGUGCUGACCCCCCUGGGAGACUGCUUCAUGCUGCGCUCAGACGCGGUGCUCGAUUUCGCCACUGUCUCCGAGAUCCUGCGCAGCGGCUACACUCGCAUCCCAGUGUAUGAGGGCGACCAGCGGCACAACAUUGUGGACAUUUUAUUUGUCAAGGACUUGGCCUUCGUGGACCCCGACGACUGCACCCCGCUCCUCACUGUCACCCGCUUCUACAACCGGCCCCUGCAUUGUGUUUUCAAUGACACCCGACUGGACACGGUACUGGAGGAGUUUAAGAAGGGAAAAUCUCAUCUGGCCAUUGUCCAGCGGGUGAAUAAUGAGGGAGAAGGAGACCCUUUCUAUGAGGUGAUGGGCAUUGUCACACUGGAGGAUAUCAUAGAGGAGAUCAUCAAGUCAGAGAUCCUGGAUGAAACGGAUCUCUACACUGACAAUCGGAAAAAGCAGAGGGUCCCACACCGGGAGCGGAAGCGGCAUGACUUCUCCUUGUUUAAGCUUUCGGACACAGAGAUGCGGGUGAAGAUCUCACCACAGCUUCUGCUGGCCACACACCGCUUCAUGGCCACAGAAGUGGAGCCCUUUAAGUCUCUGUACCUUUCGGAGAAGAUCCUGCUCCGGCUCCUGAAACAUCCCAACGUGAUCCAGGAGCUGAAGUUUGAUGAGAAGAACAAGAAGGCCCCGGAACACUACCUCUACCAGCGCAACCGCCCUGUGGACUACUUUGUGCUGCUUCUACAGGGUAAAGUGGAGGUGGAGGUUGGUAAGGAAGGCCUUCGCUUUGAGAAUGGAGCCUUUACUUACUAUGGCGUCCCAGCCAUCAUGACCACUGCUUGCUCAGAUAAUGACGUGCGGAAGGUUGGAAGUCUGGCUGGAUCUUCUGUCUUUCUAAACCGGUCCCCUUCUCGCUGCAGUGGGUUGAAUCGCUCUGAGUCUCCAAACCGAGAGCGCAGUGACUUUGGGGGCAGCAACACCCAGUUGUACAGCAGCAACAACAACCUCUACACGCCCGACUACUCAGUCCACAUCCUCAGCGAUGUGCAGUUUGUGAAGAUCACACGGCAGCAGUAUCAGAACGCACUCACUGCCUGCCACAUGGACAGCUCACCUCAGUCCCCUGACAUGGAGGCCUUCACAGAUGGGGACUCCACCAAGGCCCCCACAACCCGGGGCACACCCCAGACCCCUAAGGAUGACCCCGCCAUCACGCUCCUGAACAACAGGAACAGCCUGCCGUGCAGCCGCUCAGAUGGGCUGAGAAGCCCUGGCGAGGUAGUGUACCUGAGGAUGGAGGAGCUGGCCUUCACCCAGGAAGAAAUGACUGACUUCGAGGAGCACAGCACACAGCAGCUCACACUGUCUCCGGUAGCCGUUCCCACGACAGCAGCAUCAGAUAGCGAAUGUUGUAACAUCAACCUGGAUACAGAGACCAGCCCCUACAGUAGCGAUUUUGAGGAAAACGUGGGCAAGAAGCUGCUGAGAACCUUGAGUGGCCGAAAAAGGAAGAGGUCACCAGAAGGAGAGAGAAGCUCUGAGGACAACUCCAAUUUAACACCUCUGAUCACAUGACAGGGCGAAGCCAGCAUUCAUUGGGUGUGUGAAAUUCCAGAGCUUUGAGGGAGAACCCACCCUCCCAUCAUCUGCUUCCCCCAAGGCCUCCCACAGGUGACAGAACGUUCUGCCUUCCCUUCCAUCUCUUCCUCCCUAGCUGUCAGUUUGGCAGAUUUUCCCUCAUUACCUCCAGUUUGACUCACAACUUUGACAUGGCCAUAACAGAAGCAGGUGCCGCUAAUGGAACAUGCUAGAAAUGGUCUUUUCCACAGCAUAGUCUGGGACUGGAGAAGAGAUGUCUGACUGCAAGCUGAUAAUGCCACUCUGGGACCCCUAAUGUUCUUCUUUGUUCUUGGGGAUCCCCUGAUGCCACAGGAGACCUCUCAUCUUGGAACUCGCCAUUCUUUCCUCCAGAACAAAAUGUUAACUUUCUAAUAUAUUUCAUGCAUAGCUUGGCUCAGAAGGUGCCAUUGGCAGACAGGCACAUGGGAGGCUGCAGUAGGAAGUCUGAAGAUUAGUUCAGGGGAUGGACCAAGAAUUUCCCCCAGAGCUUUAAAGAAGUGGGACUCAGCCAUGUUGGCAUGUGAUUGACAUUACAGCACAGAAAACUGUUAGUGACUGGUUUCCUGUUAGAUAAGGGUUCCAGAAGCCUGGGGAAAUAUGUCUCAGCUGGAAUGGAAAGAAUGUGAGAUGGAACCUCAAGUCACUGUUUUUACCAGGGACACAUCUGUUUUGGCUCCCAAUCAGCAGUCUUCAAUAGAUCAAUAAUUCUGCCCUGGAAGAGAAGGAACAGGAUGCAGAGAGACCCCGUUGGGAGCCAGAGAUGGAACUUCAGGUCUUAAGUGCAAAUCAAAGCAAAAAACAAACAAAACUUACAUGGAAAAACUGUAAGUGCUGAAAGCAAGUUUAGCCAUGACAAGCCAAAGAGUGCCCAGGUCAGCCAAGAAAGAUACAUACUCUCAUGGGACUUCAGUGAGAGUUACACAGGAAUGUUGAAGAAUCAUUCUUCUUUUUCAUGCAUUUGUCCCUCUCCCACCCCUUACUACACCCUAGCAGACCAGCUGAGUGUACUUUAUUCCAAGAACUUAGUAGAUCUCUGGUGUUUCUCCUGAAGUUGGGGCAGGUGCAAUUCCAAGCAUAACCACCAGAUGGCAGAGUGACCACACAGACCUGCUUCCAAGAAUAAAACAGUUCUCAAAUGCAACCACAAAACUGGGCGCGGUGGCUCAGGCCUAUAAUCACAACACUUUGGAAGGCCAAGGCAAGUAGAUCACUUGAAGUCAGGAGUUUGAGACCAGCCUGGCCAACAUGGUGAAACCCCAUCUCUACUGGGCAUGUAGUCCCAGCUACUUGGGAGGUUGAGGCAGGAGAAUCACUUGAACCUGGGAGGCAGAGGUUGCAGUGAGCUGAGAUGACACCACUGCACUUCAUCUUGGGCAACAGAGCGAGACUCUGUCUCCAAAAAAAAAAAAAAAAAAAAGGAAAGAAAGAAAAAGAAAAGCACCACAGCCAGCCUUAGGGAAAACUUGGAAGUAAGUGAAGUUUGUUUUCAGAAUACGUAUCUCCCUUUCCAAUCUAUCUCCUACCCUUUAGAUGCUCUCAGUCAGGUACUCAUUGAACUCAUUGAUUGAGUGCUGUCUGCUAAAUCUCCAAACCAUUCCCAAACCUUUCCCCAUGGUAUACCAUCCAGCGUCCCUCCCCUUCCUCCAAAACCCUCACUCCCACCUCCCCACACCCAUUCAGUCAUUCACAGGGAGGAGGGAGACCGAGCAUUCCUCUGGGUUAUCUGCAUCUCAGAAGAAAAUGCUUACCCACAGGAACCGUUAACUCAGGGGUUCUUAACUUGGGGUCCAUCACCCCAGGCGGUCCAUAGUUGGACUUCAGAGGGUCUAUGAAACCCCUAAAACUGUUAGUAUUUAAUGUAUUUAUUCUUGUAUGUUUUUUCCACAGCGUUAAAGCUUUCAUAAGGUUCUCAAAGGUCUCAGACCUACAAAGAGUUAAAAACAAAAAACAAAACAAACAAACAAAAAAACCACUAUUUUAAAUAGUGUAACUUUCAGCCCAGGGUUUCUAUAAUGCAGAGUGAAGUGGAAACUGGGCAGUUCGAGACAGGUUUUUAAUUAUAAGUGGUCUUCUCAAGUGUCCAUCGAUUGAUGGGGAAGGCUGGCACCCACCAAGAAGUGGAAGUCCUCAGAAAUUCUUGGCACACCCUACAGUAUUGCACAACCAACACCCCCACAUAACUUUGUCCCCUCUUCCCAAUAACCCAGAGCAGGUGUUGCAGACAGGAGGGCCACAGCAUGUGGAAGUAAAGACUUUGGAGCUAGAGACGCCUUUUCCUGCAAUGAUUAUUGACUUCACCACACCCCUUGCCUGGCCUGGCCUGAGGCUCAGCAGUGCAUGACUUCUCAUAGAUAACUUCACAGCCAUCCAGUCCCAACACCUGCUCUUGCCUGGUAGGAAUAGGCGAAGCGUCAGCCCUCAGCGUUGGGUACCUAGACCCAAACCAAUAAAUGGUGAGUUUUGAGCAAGAACCACCAUCAUGCAGGCUUCCUGCCAGCUGACCACUGGCCCCGGGGGUGCCUGCCUGGCUGGUCUUCAUCACCCCUGAGGCCACCAGACUCAAGCCACUGCUGUUGCAUUACACCCAUCCCUUUGCAAAAUCCCUAUGGAGCCUGUCACCACUCCCCUCCCUAUACACCCCCACCCCACAAAGAUUUUCUUCAGGUUAAAAAAAAAAUGGUUUAAAAAAAGAUUUUAAAAUAAAGCAUUUAUGAAGGCUCAAUAAAUUGUAAAUAAUUUUUAAAUAAAAUGAAAAUGCCUUUCCUGGAA